ACCCUCCCUAAAAGGAAAAGGCAGAAAGGACCAGCCAAGGGAGAGGGUUAAGGUUAUGGGAGGGGGAUGCAAACUUCUUCAGGCUUGGGUCUCAGAGGGGCUCCUAUUCUUGCCCCUGUCUCUUGGCUCACCUCCCAGCCCCUGUUUUUGUUUUCCUGGCCUCCUCUCUUUUCCUUCCUUUUCCCCUUUUCCUGGGCUGGGUUAGACUCAAGUAAGGGGAGGGUUAACCAUGCCUCCCGCCUCUGCCCGUUCUCCAAGGGGCUGGUGCAGGCCAUAGCAAAGGCACCCUGAGCAGCUGGGUGAAGGCAGGCAGGCCUUCCUGCUUCACGUUCAGGUUUCUGGAAGUGUCUUCUUGCUCUUGUCUGCUUUCCUAUCCUGCGAACUUUCUGUUGCUCUUUCUGAGCUGGUAGCCACUGUGGGGUGCUGUGGCCUGUGGGCCCCACGGAGAUGUUCAGUGCUUGGGAUCGCCGGGACCGGCCUCCUGAGGAGGGGACAGCUGCAGGGCUCCAAGGCUUCGCUGUGGACAAGACCUUUCUCUCUUCUCUCAAAGGCAUCCUGCUGGAAACAGAGCUGGCCCUGACCUUCAUCAUCUUCAUCUGCUUCACGGCCUCCAUUUCUGCCUACAUGGCUGCGGCGCUGCUGGAGUUCUUCAUUACCCUCGCCUUCCUCUUCCUCUACGCCACCCAGUACUACCAACGCUUUGAUCGACUUAACUGGCCCUGCCUGGACUUCCUCCGCUGUGUGAGUGCCGUCAUCAUCUUCCUGGUGGUCUCCUUUGCCGCUGUGACCUCCCGGGAGGGAGCUGCCAUUGCUGCUUUUGUGUUUGGCAUCAUCCUGGUUUCCGUCUUUGUCUAUGAUGCCUUCAAGAUAUAUCAGACUGAAAUUGUGCCCAGGGCCACCCAGGGGGACCAGCAGUGACUCUGAGGCUACCUGGUUCCCAGGCCCAGUCAGACCCAGGGGACUGCAGAGCGCAGACACAGCUCCUGGUACUCAUGGACCACCUGGCCCACUGUCCCCCUCACCAUGCCCGAGGAGUCACUGAGGAUUAUCUGUGGAGCCUGCUGCCUUGGGGUCUGGCCUCUGAGGAAGUUCUGACCAGAGGAAGGGAGGAGGGAACGAGGGAGGAGGGAAGAAAGCCGGGCCCCAAGUCAUUCCCCAAUUAAAAGAUUCAAAUCCUA